AUCAACUUCUGCUCACUUUGCAUUCCGGAUAGAUGGCGCCGCUUUUCCUCAAAACAUUAUAAGUUGGACACGAAAAAAUAUGUCUUUGAUGGAUGGAACAUUAGUGCAGUUUAUCACAGCACUAUUUACAAUGAAGAAAUCGAGUCUAGUUCAUAUGCCGCUCGUGUAAACAUCAUUUAGGCAUCAGCAAACAUCAGCGCAUCGGGUGGACGGACGGACUGCAGCAUCCACCUGAAUCUCCUCCUCAGCCUCCGCCUCUCUGAGAUAUUAUUACACCCGACCGGAGACCGGAGGCUAUGGCAGCCGAUGGAGGAUGCGGGGAAUCGGUGGAUCAUUACCGGGCCGAGGUGGAGAGGCUGACCCGAGAGCUCGCAGAAGCGAACCGGGAGAAGAUCCGGGCUGCGGAAUGCGGUCUGGUGGUGCUGGAGGAGAACCAGACGCUCAAGCAGCAGUACGCCGAGCUCGAGACCGAGCAGGAGGCUCUCAAACAGGAGUUAGAGCAGCUGCAGGAGGCGUUUGGUCAGGCGUACACCAACCAGCGUAAAGUCGCUGAGGAUGGUGAGACAAACGAAGAGACGCUGCUGCAGGAAUCUGCCUCCAAAGAGGCCUAUUACAUGGGACGUCUGGUGGACCUUCAAACCCAGCUCAACGUGAGCAGCUCUGUGGCCUCCAAUGCCCAAGCGGAGGCCGAACAUCUCAAUGCCCUAGUGCAGGAACUCAGAGAGAAUAAUGAGAUGUUAGAGCUACAGAGGAACAGGAUGAGAGAGGAAAUCAGAGAGUAUAAGUUCAGAGAGGCCAGACUGCUGCAGGACUACACUGAACUGGAGGAGGAGAACAUCACCCUACAGAAACUAGUGUCAACACUCAAACAGAAUCAGGUGGAAUAUGAGGGUCUAAAACAUGAAAUCAAAGUGCUUGAGGAAGAGACAGUGCUACUCAACAGCCAGCUGGAAGACGCUUUGCGUUUGAAAGACAUUUCUGAAGGCCAGUUAGAAGAGGCGUUGGAUGCUCUGAAGAGUGAGAGAGAGCAGAAGAACAAUCUGAGAAAGGAGCUGGUCCAUCAUCUCCUGACGGACAGUGUGUAUGGAGCCAGCACCCACCUGGCCAUCUCUGCCGAGGAGGGUUUGAAGUUUGCAGAGGAGGCAGCAACCAACGGCAUGUCUGCAUCUGGGUCUAACCCCAACAAUGAUGACCGUAACCGCUGUAAUGAGUGCAAUGGGCAUGGACCAAAGGUGAACGGAGAAUAUCACCGGUCUCCUCUGGGGACUGUGGCUGUAGUUGAGCGAGAGAAGGCAGUUCUACUUUCCAACCUGCAGGAGUCUCAAACUCAACUGCAGCACACGCAGGGAGCUUUAACUGAGCAGCACAAACGCGUUCACCGCCUUACGGAGCGCUUCAACGCUAUGAAGCGCCUCUACAGUGACAAGGAGUUUGAUACGGAGGAGUCAGAGAAGAACGAUGUGCCCAUUAACGGUUGCUGCGAUUAUGAGGCAGACAUCAAUGGAAUGGAGCUUCUGGAGUGCAAAUACAGAGUUGCCAUGAAUGAGGUUAUUGACUUGAAGGCAGAGCUUAAGGCUUUGAAGGAAAAAUAUAACCAGUCUUUGGAGAACCAAUCAGAAGAGAGCAACCACAGUGAAGGGAAGGUCCAGGCUCUCAAAGAGCAGGUGAAACGGUUGGAGAAAGCCUGCCAUGAGGGCCGCGAGCGGGUUAGCAGUCUGGAAGUGGAGCUCCGGUGUUCUUCCGUUAUGGCUAGUGAAAGUAACAGUAUGCUGAACACAGCUCAGGAUGAGCUGGUUACGUUUAGUGAGGAACUUGCUCAGCUCUACCACCACGUCUGCUUGUGCAACAACGAAACACCGAACCGAGUCAUGCUGGACUACUACCGUCAGAGCCGGGUUACGCGUAGCGGCAGUCUCAAAGGCCCAGAGGACCCAAGAGCACUGCUUUCUCCACGUUUAGCUCGCCGUAUCGCGGCUGCUAACUCCUCAGACGUGUCCAAGAGUCCUCAAGACUCUCCAUCAAAGGAACCCCUUGGAGAAGGAACUAAAGGGGAAGGAGGAAGUCCCAACAAAACCCCCUUUGGUUCACCAAUCAAUGGUUCAUCUCUCUCACCCUCCCCAGUUCCAGAAACAGGUGAUCUCCGCCGGGAACCCAUGAACAUCUAUAACCUCAAUGCCAUCAUCCGUGACCAGAUCAAGCACCUGCAGAAGGCUGUGGACCGCUCGCUGCAGCUCUCCAGGCAGAGGGCUGCGGCACGAGAGUUGGCACCCAUCCUAGAUAAGGAAAAAGAGGUCUGCAUGGAGGAGAUCCUGAAACUCAAAUCCCUCUUGAGCACCAAGAGAGAGCAGAUCGCCACAUUGCGUCUAGUCCUGAAAGCCAACAAACAGACUGCCGAGGUGGCCCUUGCGAACCUGAAGAGCAAAUAUGAAAAUGAGAAAUCCAUGGUGACGGAGACAAUGAAGAAGCUUAGAAAUGAACUGAAGGCCCUCAAAGAAGACGCAGCCACCUUUUCCUCACUGAGGGCAAUGUUUGCCACAAGAUGUGAUGAGUAUGUAACUCAGCUGGAUGAGAUGCAGAGGCAGCUGGCUGCCGCAGAAGAUGAAAAGAAGACUCUGAACUCCCUCCUGCGAAUGGCUAUUCAGCAGAAACUGGCCCUCACCCAACGCCUGGAAGACCUAGAGUUUGACCACGAGCAGUCACAUUGUGGCCGUGGAGGAAAAGUGCCAAAAAUAAAGAGCAGCCCUCAAAAAGUAAGUCAUCAAACUGCACUCACCGCUCCCCCUAGUCCCACUGCAUCGGUUUCAAAACCCCCUUCCUGUCUAUUCCAAAACAAUAUGGUUGCAUCAGCCAGUAGCUCUCCUUCACUGGAUGUCCAUUCUCCAUCCUCCUCCUCCUGGACCUCCUCAGCCCAGCCGUUUUUCUUCGGCCAGUCGCAGUGGAAACUGGGCACUCAGACUUUAGUUUUACACCCAGAGACGCUAAGUAUUGAGUUUUGUCAUGUUGUUCAUAGCGGAGACUCUGAUGCUCACAUUCCCAGAUCUGCUCCUACUUCCCCCUACCGUUCUCCUGUCCUGGGCUCUCGGCAGCCAUCCCCACGUUCUGUGAGAUCUCGCAUGCGCUCCAAUGUGACUCAGUUCACGCCUUCAGCCGCUUCAAGGACCUCUCUAGUCCAGCCUGGGACUCCCAGAAUCCCUAAUGGUGACCCUCAGUAGGUGACACGGUUUAAAGACAGACUGGUUUCCAUCUGAUAUGACUGCUUGGAGCAUAUGAUUCAACUCAGGGAUAGAUUUAGAGACUUUUUUUAUUGAUACUACUUGAAAUUUCAACUAAUUAAUUCUGAACAGAAUUAUGUUUU